GAACAGCUCUGUUCGGGCGAUGUACAAAGUGUGUUGUAAAUGUGAAUAAUAUUGCCAGUGCAUCGAGCAUGUAUUCUUUUUUUUUCUGAUAAUGUGCCGAUGCACGCAUAAUUACGGACGUUCAAAUUCCAUCGCGUUAUUAAAAUAAUUGUAAUCUAGUAUUAUCAUUAUUAUUAUUGUUACCGCCGCACAAGGAUUAACGCUAAUCGUUUUUUUUUCUUUGUAAAGCCGUCGUCUCCGUCGAUAUUAAUAUUUUAUAAUUUAAGGAGGGGUUGGUUUUGUCUACGCGUUGUCUUUGUCGUUGGUAGUUUUCGCCGACGGACAGGUUCGAAUUUGGUUUUCUACGCUUUUGGGGCGGCCGACCGUUUCAGUAUUAGACGCCGCUCAACAUGGACGCGGAAACGGCAAAACCGGACAGUGGCGUCAGUGGCGACGACAAACACACCGUUUCUUCGGACAGCGGCGAAGCGGCUGCUGUGGAAGCACAACGGGCGACCGAAAAGCCAUGCGAAACCGUUGCGAAGGCCGUCGUGGUGGACACAAAGGACGCGGCCGACGACGACGAACCGCCGAAAAUCGCGGUCGAGCCGAAAACCGAAGAAACUGCUGCCAAACCGGAGCCGACUGAAGAGCCCGUCCCCAGCAGUGGCGACGGCGAUAAUAUCGCCACGAUCCCUGUUGCCGCACCCGACAGUACUACCGAUGCUCCUGAUAGUAGUAUGGCUCCUGCUGUUGCCAGUAAUGACGUUACUAAUGUAUCUGACAGUUAUAAAACGGCUACGGACGACAGUAUAACUGAUGUCGAAACAUCAGUUCCCAACGACAGCAAGACUGAUGUCAAAACAAAUGUUCCUGACAGUGAAAAACUUGACGUAAAAAUAACCGUCGCCGAAGACAACAGUAAGUCUGUUGAAACGACAGCCGCGGCGGAUGACAGUGAUAAAACCGACGUCGAAACAAUUACACUUUCCGAAAAUAAGCAAUCGGAAAAUGUGGUGCAACCCGAACCCGAUCCGACGAAAACUGAACAAAGUCAGCCGGCCGCUGUCGAAGAAGAGCAGCCGUGUGUGGGAGUUACUGAUGAAAAACACACUGAGGUUUCCUCUGUAGACGACAGCGUCGUCACCGCCGUACAGGAUCUCGAAGAAGAAAAUGUUUCAAAAACCAUAAUCGAACAGCAAGUAGAACCUCAGGUGGCCGCGGCGACGAAAAAAACGUCAAACGAUCUAGACUCGACUCUUGAUGACGGAGACGAUACGGCACCUGGGUUUGUGGACGCGAGAGAAUAUAUAGAAGACGAAGGCGGAGAAGAAGAAGAGGAUGAAGAGUGUGAUGACGAGGGAGACAGCGAAGAGGAAUGCGAUGAUGAAGAGGAGAACGGCGAAACGAAAGAUCAGGGACAAUCCGCAGUGCCCGUCAGCGUCGAUGACGACACCAAUGAUCCGCAAUACAUACCCAGACGUGGCAGGUUCUACGAACACGACGACCGAAUGGCGUACAGCACUUCCGGCAGCGAAGAGGAGUACGAAGACGAUGUGGCGUACGAAGGAGAUGAGAGCGGUGGUGCCGGAAAAGAAGACGGCGGCGUUGAUAGUGGCACGCAGAACCGAGUCGGUGAAGGGUUGAAGAACAAAAAGGUGCUGUUGAUAUCCAAAUCGGCAGCAGCUGAACGCAGUGGAUCUUCUCCGGGUUCAUCGUUGAGAGGAGGCUCGUCAGUGGGCACAGCCGAUGGCAAGCCGACCCGAAAGAGCCGUUCCGAGCAGGUGGACAGGUGGUCGCACGACAAGUACGACGAACACCAGCAGAGCCCCAAGUCGACGGCCGAACUAGUGCGAUCUUACGGGUACAACAUCCGCGUGGAAACCGAACCGCCCAAAGCCAGGCGCCAUCACAAAUACGGCCGUGGAGCCAACAACAAAUACACGAGAAGCUGGCAAGAUUCAAAAGCCUAUGAGAAGGAAGGACCUGGCGGUGGGCCUGGAAGCGCUAACAAAAAAUUCGGCAAAAAGAAACCCUUUAAACCGGACUCUGAGGCUAACGAUUACUCCAAAGAAUUCCCGGACGCGCUCAAUAAGACCGAACCGGUUGAUGGAGACAACGGCGACAAACAGUCUCAACACCAAGAACAAAAACCGGUCGAACAACCGUCAGUUUCUGUGAUUAAUAGCGACACGGCCAACCGGUCGCCAAAUUCCGGUGUUCAAUCGCAGACGGACGAUAGACCUCCACAAAACGUCACCUCGGUCAACCGGAACGCCCACAGGAGUUAUUCCGGCGGCGGCGGUGGCAAUAGGUCGUUCGGUUCGGGUCCUCCGCCUCGUAAUAGGACUGGCGGCAAGUACGGAGGAGGUGGAGGCGGUCCAUCGGAAGACGGUGGCUACGAUGGACCGAUCAGGCGGGGAAGACACGAAGAUUUUGCUGGCAACAACGGUUCGGCCGACGGACCGCCACGUAGAAAUCAAAAACCUCACAGUUACGGUGACGAAGACGGUCCGAGAAGAGGAAGCGGAGGCGGCGGCGGCAACUUCUUUAGGAGAGAUGCUGCCCCCCAGCAUGAUGGCGGCAGUAACCAUUUCCAAAGACGCAACGAUUCGUCCUUCCAGAGACGUCCCGUUAGAGAAGGUGGAGGAGGACCGCCGCCUCAUCACCACAACGAUCACAGAGGUCCUCCCGGUGGCCCGCCAAUGAACAAGAGUCGCAGUUUCCACAGCAAUGCUGGCGGUCCGCCGCCGUUGAACAAAGACCGAUACUUCAGCCGACCCGGACCAAACAACGUGCCGGCACCGUAUCACCAUCAUCACCAGCAUGAUCACGCUGGCGGCGAACCGGAAGCGCCACCGGCGGCCGUUCAGUCGCACAGGUAUUCGCAUCAUCGCGCUUCCGGCGCCUUGGGUGCCGUCAAGAAAGAGUCGACGAUCUUCAACAAUCCAGAACCGCCGCUUCCACAACAACAGUCUAUGGUGGGGGUUCCGCAACCAGCAGCUCAGGUUGCCGCAGUCGGUGAUCAACAACCGGUGGUGGUACGCAGUUCCAAGCGGUACACGACUCAGAGUCGACGGACUCUGCCAGAUCCCGUGUUGAACUUUGGCGCCAACAAACAACAAGUGCCGCCGCCACAGCAACAGCAACCUACGCCGCUGCAACAACCACCACAACAGAUCCAACAGCCAAACUUGCAGCAACAAAUCCAACAACAACAGCUGCAGCAACAAAACACAUAUUGCCAACAACAACAACAACAGCAGCAACAGCAACAACAACAGCUCCAACAGCAACAGCAACAGUACAACAACAUGAUAGUCGAGCAGCAACACCAUUUGAACAACGGCAUGAUGAUCGUCGACCACACCGCCCAUCACGCUCACCAUCUCGGCCAGCAUCACCACAUGGCUUACCACCAGCCGCACACUCACCACAUGGCCCAGCAGCAACAGCAACAAGCCAUGCACGGUUAUGCACCGGCCCCGAUGUCCGCCGGCGCCACAGGAGCCACAGACGAUCCACAGCAACAACAGCCAAACCCUGCGGCCGCAGCUGCCGCUGCCGCCGCCGCAUUGCAGCUCUUGUCGUUCGGAAAUCCGGCAGCCGCCGCCCAAGCUGCCUAUCAACCCCAACUGAUCAACUACACACCGACAGCCGCCGCAGCGGCACAACCCCCGCCGGCUGCCUACAUGACCGACGCCAAUUACAUGGCCAUGAUAGCGGCCGGACACACAGCAGCGGCUCCUGCGUCGGCCACGACUUACUAUCAACAGCCGCCACAACCCCAACCGCAGCAGCCGCCACCCCGGAGGGUCAACUUGGCCAUACCCAUCGUAGCGCCGCCGCCUCCGCCGGGCAGCUCUUCCGGUGGUUCCUCUUCGGACAAAGGACCGUCGCCACCGGCAACGGCCACAGUGGCGACGUCUUAACGACCAAUUUACUGUGUGUUCGAGCGAGAAUACCACCCUUAAAUAGUUCUUUUGUCUCUCCCCUCCCCUUUUUAUUCGCCAAGGUUGUCUUAUUGUCUAGUUUGUAAUAACGAUAUUAUCACAAGUACAUUAUUAUUUCUUACUUAACGUAUCUACUACCCCUAUCGUCGCUACUCCCAGACUUAACCGCUUUAGGGAUAUAAAUAGUUAUUAUUAUACAAAAAAAAAAAAAAACCGGUUAUGUUUUUAUUUUAAAAUCGAUUAUUUCCACUAUUAACGUAACAACGACCGUUGUUAAUAUCCCUCUACAUUUAAAACCGAUUUUUGUUUCCCACUGUCUAUUUCAUUUUAAUAAUCAAAAGCGACACAAGUAUAAUAUUUUAAUUGUAAGAGAAAAUUAUCGGCAAUUGAAAAAUUAAUGUCGAGAACAAAAUUGACAGGCCUGCUUUGGCUUUUUUUAUUUUCAUCGUAUUAUUGUAAAGGGCUUUUAAUACUCCCACGCUGUAUUAUUUAUCCGUCAAGAAAUAAUAGUAUAUUGUAAUCAAAGAACUAACUUGAUAAUUUUUUUUUUUUUUUAAGAAACCGUUUAUUGUUUGUGUGUAUUUUCAGCUGUUUGUAUAUUAUGAUAUGAAUAAUAUUGUAAUAUAUAAGUAAUUGUGUACUUACUGUAUUAGCGAUGUUAUUAACGGGAUUCGUGUCUAAAAUUCAAAAAACCUGACGCGUACAAUGUAACCACGUUUGAUUGUAUUGAUUAUUAUCCAAUUAUUAAUAAAAGUAAUUUAUUGAUACGGUUGUUUUUUUAAAUUAGAAAAACUGCUUAUAGUAUAAAACUGCUUUUAACAAUAAAUUGUAAUAUUUUGUAUUUUUUAAACUGACUUAAUUUUAUGCGAUUCCAAGGCCUGUGCUGUUGAAAAUUAUUAAUUUCUCAAAAUUCCAUCUGGAAUGCCACUAAAACAGUACAAAUAUUUAAAAAUAUGUAAUACUGGUGUUAUUAAUAAGAUGUGUGUUUGUUUCGACGUAUCCCUAACCGUUAACCUAACCCCGACGGUUUUGGAAAUAUUCUUUAUCAAAAAAUAUGUUAUAACAUUAUUCUUGGCAGUGUUUAACCAUUGUUUUUCUAUUUUCAAAUCAAAGAUAAACCAACGAAAUACAAUAUUUAAUCCAUUAUUUGAAUUUAACUUAAUCUGUACAACAUUUGUUUUCAAUAAUUAUAUUAUUACUAUUGAUAUUUAUUAGUUGAUGAUAAUAUUAUGUCUUGUAGAACUAUUUACAAUAACAACUCAACUGUGUCGUUUUGCUUUGGUACGGUUCAAACUGGAUUUGAAUAAAACCAAAAAAAAUAAUAAUAAUUGUUUGAUGUUUUUACAGUGGUAGUUUUUAUUGUACAACUUUUUAACUGUUUCAUAAAUGGAAAAAUAAACUACCCAAUUGAAGAAAUUGGGUCUUGUUACAAA